ACCGGCUCGACGCCCCAACCCCCUCCUCUUCCUCCCCUGCGCCUUCCUUCCGAGAGAGCGAGCGAGCGAGCGAGUGGUGGGAGGGGAGCGCAGGCAUUUAUAUGACUUGAAGAUAAAAGAUGAAUGGAAUACUAUCAUUGAGUCACCUAAAGGAUCUAUAUUAUGACCCCUAUCAUUAAGUAAUGCUUAAAUGAAAAAGAAGACCCCAAGAAGCAAUCAGAAGUAAUUAUUACCUUACUCAGGCAUCAAUGACUACGUCAUUCAAUCCAAGUCGACCUUCUUCAUCAGAGUUGGUGGAGCUUCAUGUUUUUUAUGUCCCUGAAGGAUCAUGGAACUAUAAGCUAAAUACCAUUUCAAUAGAAGUAGUCAGUAAAUUUAUUUCAGCUGGAUUUAUAAGGGUGUCGCCUCAUCUUACUUUACAAGCCCUGAGGGAGCAGCUGGGUGAGUUCCUGGGUGAAGAGGCUGUUGCAGAAAAAUUUUUAUUUUUGAAAUGCAUUGGAAACAAUUUAGCUGUGGUGAAGACAAAGGAAGAAAAGGAACUGAAACUCAAGUCAUUUGCUCCACCAUAUGCUCUUCAACCAGAAUUAUAUUUGCUUCCCAUAGUGGAUCACUUAGGAAAUAUUUAUUCAUCAUCGUCGUCACCAUCUAUUGUGGGAGAUAUGCAGCAGAAUAAUAUUUCUGAGGAUGAUAAAGCUGCUCAGCAACUAGAUAGUUGCAAAACUUCUCCAAGCCGGAAACCUGAAAAAGAUCCAAGCCUUUUAGAACAUAUUACUAAAGUUCCUCCCCUCAAGAAUCAGGAAGAAGUCAGCCUAAAAGACAACAAGAUUAAAAAGUACCCAGCAAGAAAGUAUGGAUUUCUAGAAGCAUUAGACGAUAAACGUAUGUUACAUGGACAAAAAAAAAGCCAGUUCCUGUGGGACAAUGGAGACAAGAUCACUGAUGCCAGUAGAAGAAAGGAAGAUCUGUCAGGUGAUGAAGAUUAUGACAACAAGCCUCCGGGCCCUUCUGCUCCUCCUUCACUACCACUCCUAGCUUUUGCUCCAGGAAUACUGGAAUCCUCUGUGUUACAAAAUGAGAGAUUCAAGAUUAUGCAACAAAUGAAGCAAGUAAAGGAAGAAAGAGGUCAUUUGGAAGAGACGAAAGAAGAACUGUUGAAAAAAGUUAAAACUUUAUUUGAACAAAGCAAACUGAAAAGAUACCAUGCCCAGGAAGCUUGGAAGAAAAAGUAUUUUGAAACCAAGAAAAUCACAGCUUCAUUGGAGGAAGUUUUAACUAAACUUCAAGAAGAUUUAGAACUUUAUUAUAAAAAAUUGCUCAUGCAGCUAGAAGCUAGGGAGAUCAAGAUGCGGCCAAAGAAUUUGGCGAACGUGGAAGACUCGAAGAAUAGUCUUAUAAUCCAGAUCACUGAAGUACAGCAUGCAAUUGACCAACUGAAGAGAAAACUGGACACUGACAAAAUGAAACUCAUGAUAGAAAUUAAGAUGAGAAAACAAGCAAUUUCAGACAGACGAACAUUAAAAAUGGAACUGGAACAAAAGAAAAUGAAAGCAUCUUUAAGCUCCUAGUCAUAUGUAUUUACUUAGAACUGUCUUAUUUUUCAAAAUGUUUAGACUUAUUUGAAGACUGUCCAUCCAUUGUUCUUGCCAAUGUUUCUUUAUAAGCCUUGUAUCUCUAUUCCAUUAUUUUUCAUAUUGAGUUUAUAAAGUGACUCAGGAAAUGUUAAGCACAGUAUACUUCUUCAAUACUUUGAGGAUCUGUGAUUUUGUCAGAGUGGGUACUCCUUCCACUAAGAAAGAUCACACCCCCUCCACAAGUUGGAAGAUGAACUCUAAGAGUAGCUUUGGUAAAAAAAAGAAAAAGAAAAAGAGAGAGAGAGAGAAAGAGAGAAAGGAAGAAAGAGAGAAAAAGAGAGAGAGAGAGAGCAGUGAAAAGCCAAGUAAUUUGUUCAGGGCAUUAUUUAGUUAUUUUUGAGUAUUUCAAGAUGACUGGACUUCAUUUUACAGUAAAGUAUUUCAUUAUUCUAUUGCUGGGUUUAAGAUAAUUCAUCUAGGAGUUAAGAAUAAAGGUCCAUUAUUAGUCUUAGCAAACCACCACGUCUUGGUACAAAAGGCUACACUGAUUUUUUUUUUAUGUAACCCUGAUAAUUAAAAGAAUAAUCCUUUGUUUUAUUUUAACUAAACAGUCGCCUAAGAAUCUAAGACUGAGGAAAUCGAGUUUACCAUUUGGAGCACUCAAGAGGAAACUCCUGGGAUUAGUAUCCAAGAAGUAUCUUAUUAACAUAUUUUAGAAGCAUAGAAACCAUCAGUAAUUCAAAAUAGACUAUGAAUUAUCAUCCUUUUGACUGGAUGUUCCAGGCAUUCUGCUAUUAGCAGCCAUGUAAAUUGGAAGCAGAGAUCUUACAUAUGCCCUAGACCUAGAAAGGACGGUCAAAUUUUACCUCCUUUUAUUCUGAUUAAUAGGAAAAACAGUUAGGAAAGAUUAGAUUUAUGUGAGUCCAGGGUUCAUAGGAAUAGGUUUGUAAUGUCCCUAGACAGUUAUACAGCCAGUACUAUCGAAAUGCAAAUCAUAAUUUGAUAUAAUGCUGUUGUUUUUAUAAUUCGCCAUAUGAAAAAGCAGAGGGUUCUGAAAUGAAACCUGGCUAAAGAGUUAGGAAAAUUCUAAAUAUUAAACUACUGUGUUUUAGAAAGAGAAACAUCAGUUCAUAAACUAACGUCAUGAGGUUAAAAUUAGAAGCAAAAUCUCAAUGUGGGAAAAUAUUGUAAAUUUGAAACAAACAACUUAGCAAUAAGGUUGUCAAUGAAUAAAUUAUAGAUGCACAGAAAAGGAUCUUAGGAGAAUUGUUUCAUCAAGAAUAGCAUAAGAAUAAUAUCAGAUUAUCUACUAAGUUAUCCCUAUAGUAAAUUUGAUAAUAAUAAAAUUCUUCUUGAAAAUAUCUGUCUCAAAAGCAUAAUUUAGCUGAAAAUUUAGGCAACACCACCAUACUAGUUUAAAAGAGUAUCUUUUUUUUAAAUUACCUGGGCCAAUUCUAUAUCUUUUAUCUUAAAGUCACCUGUCUAGAGGUUGGGAUGAAGCAAAAGCAAGCCUCACAGGGCACUGAGGUGCUACCCGAAGAGAAGAAUCACUAAGCCAAUAUCCCAUCCUCCCUUUAACAAUGCAUUGGCCCUAAGGAGAAGACAUUCUAUAUUAAUUUUAAUAUUAGCUUUGUUGGACAAAUAAAAUUACAGAGUAAAUUGCUUUUCAGAGAAUAGGUUUUUUUUUAAAAUAUGUCCUAAGCAAACUAGGUUUCCCUUUACAAGUU